CAAAGAGAAAACGCGUUGAACGUUUUAGGUUCGCAAUCGUUGUACAAUACCGACCAAACAUCAGAUUGUGAUUAUUAGUUAUUAUUAUCACCCCCAUCAAAUCAAGUUUUGUACUCUCUCUCUCUCUCUUUCUCUCUCAUGGGAGGCUUUGUCACUUCAAACUUCCAAUCUUGAUUUUAGCUUCUGCAUGAUUCUUGAUUUUUGAAUCUAAGAUGAAGAAGAAUCUUCGAUCGCCACUCGAAAGUCUUCUCCUUUUCUGUCUCUUUGUCUCCACCACCCACAUAGCGUCCGUCUCUUGUCUCAACUCAGAAGGGCUAACUCUACUCUCACUUCUAAAACAUCUCGAGAAAGUACCAAAAGAAGUAACUUCCACAUGGAAACCAAACUCAUCUCCCUCAGCCACUCCGUGCAACUGGUUCGGCAUCACCUGCGACGACUCCAACAACGUCGCCUCUCUCAACUUCACCCGUUCCGACGUCUCAGGCCAGUUAGGUCCCGAGAUUGGCGACCUCAGAAGCUUACAGAUUCUGGAUCUGAGCACCAACACCUUCUCCGGAACCAUACCUUCCACUUUAGGAAACUGUACCAAACUCCUUUACCUAGAUUUAUCCGAAAACGAGUUCACCGGUAAAAUCCCUAACACUCUCGGCGACUUAAAGAGCGUGGCGGAUCUCUACCUCUACGUAAACUACCUCACCGGGGAGCUACCCGAGUCCCUGUUUCGAAUCCCGGCGCUGCAGACUUUUAGCGUUGAGUACAACAAUCUAACCGGUUCGAUUCCGGAGAGCAUCGGUGAAGCUAAGGAGCUUCUCGAUCUGCGUAUGUUUGAGAAUCGGUUCUCUGGUAACAUCCCUGAGUCAAUCGGGAACUGCAGUAAGCUGGAGGUUGUGUACUUGCACAAGAACGAGCUGGUUGGUUCUUUACCCGAAAGUUUCAACCGUCUUGAGAAUCUCACCGAACUCUUUCUUGGUAACAACAGCUUAACCGGACCGGUUCGUCUCGGUUCGACCAACUGCAAGAACCUUGUGGGUUUGGAGUUGUCUUACAACAAUUUCGAAGGUGUUGUUCCUCCUGAGUUAGGGAACUGUAGUAACCUCGACGGUGUGGUGAUUGUGAGUGGUAACCUGUCAGGUACCAUCCCUGCCUCGCUAGGGAUGUUAAAGAAGCUUACUGUUAUUAAUCUCUCGGAGAAUCGUCUCUCUGGGAGCAUCCCUGAGGAGAUUGGUAACUGUUCUAGCUUGAAGAUGUUGAAGCUCAACAAUAACCAGCUCGGAGGGGAGAUACCGAGUUCGUUAGGUAAGCUGAAGAAGCUAGAAAGUCUCGAGCUUUUCGAGAACCGGUUCUCCGGUGAGAUCCCUAUAGAGGUUUGGAAGAUUCAGAGUCUUGCUCAGCUGCUUGUUUAUCAAAACAACCUCACUGGUGAACUACCUCUAGAGAUGACGAGUCUGAAGCAUCUGAAGAAAGUUACUCUCUUCGAAAACGGCUUCUACGGAGAGAUACCAUCUUCUUUAGGUGUGCACAGCAGCUUAGAGGAGAUUGACUUUAUAAACAACAAACUCACAGGCGAGAUACCUCCGAACCUCUGCCAUGGGAAGAAGCUGACGGUGCUUAACUUGGGUUCUAAUCAUCUCCACGGUAAGAUACCGACGUCUAUCGGUCAUUGCAAGAGCAUCGAGAGGUUCAUCCUCAGAGAGAACAACCUCUCAGGUCUUCUCCCGGAGUUUUCUCAAGAUCACAGCGUUUCGUUUCUUGAUUUCAACAGCAACGGCUUCGAAGGACCUAUCCCGAGAAGCUUUGGGAGCUCUAGGAACCUCUCUAGCAUCAACCUGUCUAGAAACAAACUCACAGGAGAGAUACCUUCGGAGCUUGGGAACUUACUAAGCCUCGGUUACUUGAAUCUUUCACGUAAUCUUCUCGAAGGCCCUCUACCACCUCACCUCUCUAACUGCGUGAGCCUAGAGCGUUUUGACGUUGGGUUCAACAAGUUAAACGGUUCUGUUCCUUCGAGCUAUAAUACAUUGAAAGGCUUGGCGACUUUGGUUCUCAGCGAGAACCGGUUCUCAGGAGGCAUCCCUUCGUUCUUGCCUGAGCUCGUGAAGCUAUCGGAUCUGCAGUUGGCUAGAAAUGCUUUCGGCGGUGAGAUUCCUUCGUCUGUUGGUUCGUUACAGAACCUGAUCUAUGGUUUGGACUUGAGCGGAAACGGAUUAACAGGCGAGCUUCCGGACAGCUUGAGGCGUCUUCUCAAACUAACGAGAGUCAACGUGUCCAACAACAAGCUGACGGGGUCUUUGUCUGUUCUCGGUAACCUUACCUCGUUGCUACACGCUGAUGUCUCGAACAACCAGUUCACCGGUCCAAUACCUGAGAAGUUGAAGAAUCAGUUGAGCUCUGAUCCGUCGUCGUUUUCGGGAAACCCUAACUUGUGCAUUCCACGUUCCUUCCUCAUAAGCAACAAUAGCGAGAUGAGUUACUGCGUUGAUCAAUCUAGACGCGGCAAGAGUGGUCUCAGCACGUGGAAGAUCGUGCUUAUAUCAGUCUUGUCUUCUUUAUUUGUGUUGGUUUUGGUUCUUGCUCUUGUCUUCUUCGUCUGCCUACGCGGUCGUCGUCGUGGUCCUGAAGAAAAACCAAAGAAAGAUGCUUAUGUCUUCACCGAGGAACCAGCUCCAUCUCAGCUGCUCAACAAGGUUCUUGCAGCAACUGACAAUCUAAACGAAAAACACAUCAUCGGAAGAGGAGCUCACGGUAUUGUCUACAGAGCCUCUUUAGGCUCGGGAGAGGUCUACGCGGUGAAGAGACUCGUUUUCGCAUCUCACAUCCGAGCCAACCAGAGCAUGAUGAGGGAGAUUGAAACAAUAGGGAAAGUCAGACACAGGAACCUGAUCAAGUUGGAAGGGUUUUGGCUGAGGAAAGAAGACGGGCUGAUGCUGUAUAGAUACAUGCCUAGAGGAAGCUUAUACGACGUUCUUCACGGUGUUAGCCCUAAAGAAGACGUGCUUGAGUGGUCUGCACGGUACAACAUUGCGCUUGGGGUCGCUCAUGGACUGGCUUAUCUGCACUAUGAUUGUCAUCCUCCGAUUGUUCAUCGUGACAUUAAGCCAGAGAACAUACUCAUGGACUCGGAUUUGGAGCCUCACAUUGGUGACUUUGGUUUGGCUCGGCUUCUUGAUGGCUCAACGGUCUCAACUGCUACUGUUACAGGCACAACCGGGUACAUAGCACCAGAGAACGCUUUCAAGACGGUGAGGGGAAGAGAAUCAGACGUUUACAGUUACGGAGUUGUGUUGCUGGAGCUGGUUACGAGGAAGAGAGCGGUGGACAAGUCCUUCCCGGACAGUACUGAUAUUGUAAGCUGGGUGAGAUCUAUGUUGAGCAACAGCAGCGUGGACGACAUGGUGUCAACAAUUAUUGAUCCGGUUCUUGUGGAAGAGCUUCUUGAUUCGGAUCUUAGGGAACAGAUAGUUGAGGUGACUGAACUGGCACUGAGCUGUACAGAGAGAGAUCCAGUAAAGAGACCGACGAUGAGAGAGGUGGUGAAAGUGUUGUGCGAUGCGCAAGGUCUUGGAAGAUGCUCCUCUGGUUCAGUUCGCUAAUCUAUUAAUGCAAGAGGAACGGGAUGUUAUUAGUAGUGUGUUUGAAAUGUUAUUAGUAGUGUGUUUGAAUCUUUCGGUUAGCUAGAAGUAAUAUAACUCGGGCCCAUCUAUGAAGGACCGUUAUUUGAAACCAUGUUUGUAAAAUUGACUCGUCAAUCAAUAUAACUAAAUCUGAAAGAAAACUAAUUUGGAAUGUU